CCACUGGGUUGGAGCAAUUGCCGUUAAGUGUCUUGCCCAAGGACACUUACGCAAACAAUUGUAGCAGCGACGAACCUUGAAUCCAUUACCUAUGGGUUGGGGCACUAAGAGCGCUAACCACUUUGGCACGGCGCCGGACAAAUAUGAAUAACACCAAAUGUUCCAGCACAUCUUGUCUUUUUAUAUACAUUGGUGGCAGUGUUGCGAUAUUUUUAUAUUACAAAAUGCAUUAUGUUAAACCUAUAUUGUAAGUUGAAACAAUUUUACACCACAUGCAUAUUAAAAUAAAUUUUACAUUUCAACUUGAUUAAUUUUUAAAAUGUCUUGCGUUUUAUGUUUAUCGUAUAUAUCAUCUCUCCCACGUAGUACUCCUUCAUCGUUAUUGUGUUGUCCAAUAAAUAAGUGAAUUAAUUGUUAAGCUGAUGGGUGCUAGUCAUCAUUCAACCCAUUCGUUAAGACGAGGUUUUGAAGUCGGUGCACCGUUUAUUUUUAAACACUUUCGAGACUUCACUGGUAUUUUCAAUACUUCAUAGUCAUAGUCUACUCUGUCCGUUGACAACGGUGCAAAAUGUGUUUAGUAAUAUUUUGCCCCAGAACGUUUUUAGUCGGCACGUAUUUAUUAGAGCUCGUAUUGUGUUUAUUCCAACCUACUGCUGAUAUGAACAUUUAACUUAUCUCUCGGCUACUUUUGCACUUUUGUUUAACUUGGACAUUUCAAUCUCAUGUCCUUUUUAUUGCUGUGACUGCCAUUCCGUGGUGGGCUACAUCGAAUAUUUGUGUAUGUACUCAAGUAAAUCAAUGAUAUAAGUGUUGCUCCAUCGCGGUCGACGUCAAACGGUCAAAGUAACCACUCCACCCCCAAUUUUUAUAAAACUUUAAUUACUUCGUUAGGGAAAGUACCAGGGUAUUUUUAAAAUAAGCACAGUUUCCCGCCAAAUAUAUAAAGUUGCGAACUUAUAUAUUAGACAAGGAAAUGGUGCAGAUAGUUUUACAACCAACGAACUCACUGAAAGAAUGGACACUUGUUGAAUAUCAAGGUGAGCUCAAUUCUCGAUUAGGAAAUGGAUUUUGUGGAAAUAAGAUCGGAGAUCUUCAUUUUAACAGCAAGGGCGAUCCAAUUAUGAUCAUUGGUCAUCAUAUUUUGUAUGGAAAAGUAAAAAAACUUGAAAAACCUUUUGCAGUGUUGGUGAAAAACAAAGAUGCUGAAAUGGACCAGCGGGAAUAUUUAAUUAAAGCAGUUAUUACGAACAAACUUAUAUUUUCACUCAGACCAAAACCAAUAAUUAUUCAUGUUCCGAAAAAAGUUUAAACUUUAUACGCUUUGCAUAUUUUAGUGGUUGUAGGAUUGUUAUUUUGUUAUAUAUUUGCAUGUUUAAAUAUUAGUUACAUGUGAUAAAUUGGGGCAUAGGUUUUUCCUAACCUCUUAUUUAUAUUUUGCAGCACUUGUUUUUCACUCUAUGGUGGAAAAAAGUUUUUAAAGUAACUGCAUAAAAAAGCUAUUAACCU